GUUUGACUGAAAACAGCCAAAUCUGGUUAAUCAGUUGAUCGCCAUCAACCAAUAGCCAUCAUUGGGGUUCAAGGCUCAGAACAAUAAAAAAGCACUACAUAAAAAGUUUUGCUUCUAGAAAAGCAUCCAAUUCGAUGACCACUUUCCUCAACUUUUUUCCCUUGAAAAUGGAAAUACUAAAGGAAUCAACUACAGUCACCUGCCCGCUGUUGUUUUCUCUAUUUCCAGUGCUGGAAGCUGCGGAUUCCAAUUAUGUAGAGUCGUGGAUGCUGCGGAACUACAAUACUAAGGAAAAAUUGGCAUUUGUCUUGGCAACAUUUUUUUCUCUUGGCACCUUAUAUAACAAGGUGAAUAAACAUAAGUGCCCGCUGCUUUAUAUAUAUAAAGCA